AUGAGAGAUUCAACCAUCCGUGUGCAGUCGUUCCAGCUUGAGAUAAAAUAUGAGAACUUGAGUGCUAUGCCCGACCUGGAAGAUGUCGCACAGCCCUUCAACGAAUUUACUGCCAGCGUCGACGCAAGAAUUCACCAAAACUCUGGCCAUGGGGACGGGGACGUUUCAAAGUCUCAUAUCGGUGCUCUGGGAUGUCUAUCCUUUCAAGGUGCUCAACUGGAUCUCCCAUUGGCACCCAAAUCUGUGCCAUUCGCAAUCGCGAUCCCGCCAUUGACGAGGACACGGUACGCCGAGAAGCCACCCAAGCCAUCGGAGAACGCCGAGUUUCGUGAUCUUGCAACAAAGAGUGUGGGAACCCAUUCCAAAUGCGGUGGUGAUGUCGAUGUCAUGGACGCGCGCGUCUGUUGGACCAUUGUCCGUUAG